GUGCGUACACUACAAAUUACAAUCAUCUUUGACAUUGUUGUUCCUUAAAAAGUUAAAUUCUUUUACGAACAUAGACAUUGCAAUAGUAUUAGCCUUGUGUAUACGUACCUUUAUUAUCAUGGCUUAUAAGGUAUAAUAUAAACAAAACUUAACACCUCAGCAUGGGAAAGAAAAGAAAAAAUCAAGAUUUCCAAAAAGUCAAAUUUAAGGUUGGCCGAAAGCUCCCAAAAGGAACAAAUGUAACUGACACAAGUUUCAAGGCGAGGAAGAUUGCCGUGCCUUUUCAAAUUAAACUUACCAACACUGAGGAACCAAAGACUCAUAGAAAAUUAACUGUUAAGGACCUACUAAGCCGACUACAACACUAUAGUCCAUCAACACGCCAUGAGUCCUUGAUGGGUCUGAAAGAUCUGCUAACCCAGAAUUCUGAACUGAUUGAUAGUAAUUUAGCCUCACUUGUGGAACAGCUGUCAGAACUGACUACUGAUAAAGAUGUAGCUGUCAGAAAAGCUGUUUUAAAAGUUUUGAACAUUAUUUUUGGUCAUAUCAAAUCUGAACAGAUUAUCCCAUUUUUUCCUAUUCUGACCUCUUAUCUGUGUUGUGCUUUAACACACAUUAUUAGUGAUAUUCGUCAUGACUCGCUUAGUCUUUUAGAUCUUCUACUAGAGAAAUUUCCAGAUUUGGUAUGUUCUUAUUCAGACAGACUCAUGCCCAACUUUAUGGAACAGAUAUCAACUAAGAAAACUGUAAGUUUGGGCUCAACUUCAAAUUUUACAGAAACCAGGAUUCUUGCAGUGUCACCUGGAGACAAAAUUACCUCACAGGUUUGGAGGGUCAAAGUUUUGACAAGAGUGGCUAACUUUCUGAAAGCAGCUUUAACAAGUUUUCAGAAACAAGAUUUGAUGAAUCCUCAUGAAGGAGAAUUGGAAGUUCAUUGGGAUAGAUUUCGACCAACAGAAAUUUCAGUUUUUCAGCAUAGUGCUCAUGAACCACAGCUAGCAGUUAAAUAUUCAUUGUCCAACCAGCACAAGGUAGCUGUAAAUGAUAUAGGAUGUCUGAAAAAUGCAGAAUUCGUGCAGAAUUUCAUAACUGUUCUGAUGCCUCUUCUUGUGGAAACCUGGAUUGAAGCAAGUCCACAGGCAACAACAGAUUCCCCAGGUAGUGUGUUGUCACCUGAGGCUGCUGAAACUCUGCAGUGUGUCCUUUGUGUUAUGGAGCUACUAGGAGAAUUGGUUUCUGUUUUAUCAACUGAAACAGAAGCUCUAAAUAUGGAUUGGUUUAGAGAAAAUUUCAGGAAAGAUUUUCUCCAGCAUUUCUUCAGAUGGUUUCCGUACUCUCAGCAUCACAGGUUUGUAAAGAAAAAGAAACAGAAAAAUCUGAUUAGCAAGGUACCAUCUACCAGACUAAAUCUUACCAUCUGCAGCCUUUUCACUCUUCUCGUUCCCAAGCUGGGUGAAUCUUUGGGAUCUUUACACAAGCGUAUUACCAAAUAUUUGAUAAAAUUAAUUGAAAAAGAAGAAUUAGAACCAGGAGUGGAUAUAGAAUUGUUACUGAAGGUCAUUCGUAACCUUCUGAUAGCCAACAACGUGAUUGAUGACAGACUUAUGAAUGCUCUAUUAGACUUCUACAGAGUGCUGCAACCUGAACAAAAGGAUUAUCGUGUCUUGCUGGACUUUUUCAUGGAACUGGCUUUGGAUCCUCAGUUUUAUUAUAUGAAAGACAAUUCUUCUUUGGCGUCUUGGCUUCAGUUUUUUCCUUACGAAAUCAUUCAGAAGUUUCCGGCAAACCUUGCAAUUCUCGUGACUGCUGCCAGGAAGCUUGCAAGUAGAGGUGUUCCAGAUUUCUUGUUGGGUCUUCAAGAUUGUGAGGUACAAAUUAUUGAAAUGAUCCGUGAUCUUCCUGAUGGUCCUGAACAUUUGGUUAUUCAACGCCAUCUAGUAGAGCUUGUUUGUAAAAUUCCUCAACUUUCACUAAACUCAUUCCACCUUUUAUCAGAAAUAUCUAGCCAUAAACUGAUCUGUGUGAAGAACCUUCUUUAUCUCAUCCAGAUCCUCAACCAAAGGUUUCUUCGAAAUGAACCUGGAUUUCCUGGUGGUGAAUUUGUCAGUCUUCUCUUGAGUAGUGCUAUCGGAGUUUUGAAGCAGGGCCAAAAUAAACUAUGUAAAGAGUGGCGAGAGAAGAUCGACCUUUUAAUCUUAGCCAACCUGAGCUGUUUUUGCCUUGUUCCCAGUAAGCAAGACGAUUUGUACCGGCAAAUGGAAAUUACUCGUGGUGUUUGCAGUGUAAUACGGGAGUGGCCGGAUAACUUGAAUGUUAAGAAAAUUUUCAAUACAUAUCUGAAGCAGUUUUUUGAAAUAUUUAGAUAUUUACCAGUCCACUCUGCUUCUGCUGUUUUGUGGUUGGCUACAGAAUUAUCAUCCACCAAUAAGGAGAAAGAGCUUGAUAAAGAUCUUUCCUGGGAUCUCGUGCAACUAUCUCUGGCCACGUUAGCUAUAUUACUGAGAUAUGAACGUGACCGUUCUGUGAAUGAAGACUUCGAUGAGAACUACCACAGUUUGGUACUUAACAUAACAACUAGAUAUUUAAAAUCCUGUUCUUCAACUACACUCUUGUACGAUAGCCUCAACCAGUGCACCACGAGUAAGUUGAGAAUAUCAACUCAGUUCCAUAACGUAGUUCUGUGUAUGUUAUAGUUUUCCCGAAAGAUCCUACUACUGAGUUUUGUUUCAGAUAUUUGUUUUUAUGUACACGGAGAAAGUUGAAAUAGGCUGUUUCUCUAGGUGAAAGGUUCACUGUUGUAAACAUAAAGUCGUGGUAAUUAGUGUGUUGUUAGUGAUUAAAGAGUGAUAAAUAGAUCCUACUACUGAGUUUUGUUUCAGAUAUUUGUUUUUAUGUACACGGAGAAAGUUGAAAUAGGCUGUUUCUCUAGGUGAAAGGUUCACUGUUGUAAACAUAAAGUCGGGGUAAUUAGUGUGUUGUUAGUGAUUAAAGAGUGAUAAAUAGAUCCUACUACUGAGUUUUGUUUCAGAUAUUUGUUUUUAUGUACACGGAGAAAGUUGAAAUAGGCUGUU